AUUCAUCACCCCUCACGUAUCUCAAUCCACAAACCCAGAUUUCCUUCUCACCCCUAAGGCUUUUCAACCCCAUUCUUCAUCACCUACCGUGACUGUAAACAAGAUCAGAAAUGAAACGCUAAAUCAGAUCUGAAUGUUGAUGGAGUCAAAAUUAGACAGCAACAGCAAUUUCCUCUUGUGCCGCAUUUUCAGAUCUCAUUUUCUUUUCCCUCAAUUUCUCCUCCAUCUCACCAACCAGUUAAACCUUCUGUUGGAUCUUGAUUUUGUAUUUCAAUCGAACCAAGUUUUGUCCUUAACGAUUCAUGGUGUCAAUUUUAUGGUUUUCGUCGCGGAUCUUGAUCUGUAUUUUCAAUUGGGGUCUGUGAUUCUUCAACAACAAAAAAAGGGGUCUGAGCAUUCAGUUAGGUUGUUCCAGACAAGUAUCUAAUUGGUAACAAGUUAUAUACUCUACACAACAAAAAUUGAAUUUGGAUAAAAAAUCAUAUGAGGGUAUGUUUGGUGUGUUAUUGAAGAGGUUGAAAAAUGCUCCGGAAGAGUCAGAGUGAUGAAAGAAUUAUUCCUCUCCCUGAAAUCACAGGCGUACGGAGGGCAAAGACAGCUGGGAUAUUUCCCAAUGCCAUUGAGAUUCUUUCCGGAAGCAAGAAGCACUUCUUUGCAUCCUUUCUAUCCCGUGAUGACGCUUUUAAGAUUAUUAAUGACGGAUGGUUGCGACAGGGAAACGAUGCCAGAGUAAUAAUGGAACAGCAGGAAUCAAUGUCGGAGUCCAGCGGCCAAGAGGUUGGAUUCGUAAAUGUUGAAAAUGUCAAAAGUUCUGAUAUACUUGACAAUGAGGCACUUUCUACUGACCCGAGCGAAGGUACUUCUAUUUGCAAAGAUGUGGGAGUUCCAUCCAUUGUUGAAGAAGGCCCUAUAUUGAUGGUUGUUCCAGAGAAGCAAUCCAGUGUUGAAGAAGUUGCUGAGUCUGAAUUGAAUAGUAAUAACCCCCCUAGAGUGAGUUGGAGCUGGAAUGAGGAGGAUAUUGAUGCUCCGACAACCCCAGAAGCUUAUACGUGUGUUGCAGAAUCAACAUUUCCGAUAAAGGUUGAAGACUUCUUUAGGUACUUUUUCUCGGAUGAUGCUGUAAAUUUUCUUGAUUCUUUCCGUAAAAGAUGCGGCGAUAAAGAUUUUAAGUGUGCUUCAUGGCAUCCUCAAGAGAAAUUUGGAUAUUCCCGUGAUCUGUCAUUUCAACAUCCAAUAAAAAUUUAUCUUGGAGCAAAAUUGGGUGGUUGCCACGAGGUUCAGAAAUAUCGAGUUUAUAGGAACAGUCAUUUGGUUAUACAAACAUCGCAAGAAGUUAGUGACGUCCCUUAUGCAGAUUAUUUUCAAGUUGAGGGGCUGUGGAGUGUAGAGAGAGACAAAGAUGAAUCAAAAGAACGCUGCAAUUUACGGGUAUAUGUGAAUGUGGAAUUUUCCAAGAAAACUAUCUGGAGAGGCAAAAUAGUACAAUCCACAGUUGAUGAAUGUAGAGAUGCUUAUGCAACGUGGAUGGACAUGGCACACGAGUUCUUGAAACAGAAGAAUCUUGUAAAACAAGAAAAUGUUCCCAUUGCUGCUGUAGUUCAAAAUGGAAAAAUGAAUUUUGACAGAGAAGCAAAGAUGGGAGAAUCUUCAGAAGGAUCACAGGAUCAAAGUAAUCCUACAAGGGGACAAACUACAUCCAAUGUCAUUGAUGCUAUUCACAAUGUUAGUUCUCAAUUGCAAGGAAACUUCAUUGACACGUCGUCUGUUCCAUCUUUGUUCAAAGAGUUUGCGACAAAGAUUAGGUCAUCUUUGAAAAGUCAGAGCAAUCUGUCACUGCUCCUAGUUGCUAUUUUUGCUCUGAUUUUCGUCAUGCAGCAGUUUAGCAUACUUGUGCUCUUGUCCAGACCUCAACAUAUACAUAUGAACUCUCCUGUAGACUUUAUGAAUAAGAUGGACAGUGGAGUAACUAGAAGUUCUUCAGAGAUAGCGUGGCUAGAGAAAAGAGUUCAUCACCUUAAAGAUGAGAUGGACAUGGUUGAGACUAGGCUUGAAAGAAUGCGGUAUGAACACGCACUCUUAAAAAAGCAAAUAAAUGAUCUAGAACAUAAAUAGCACUCUCGCUAUGUAUAUAAUACUACUAGUAUAUAUUAUCUUUGUAAUUCAUAUAUCAUGGGAUGUGAUAUGUAUGUAGCUUUAAAAAUCGAUAAUUCAUACCUAAUUGUAAAUGAUGACUUUAUGUUGGAAAAUGAUUGUCUCCCGUGAGCUAUUUCACAGGAGAGGGAGCAGUGCUGAUCAGCACCCUUCAAAUGUAAUCAACCUACUAAUCUCUAUUAAUCUCUUGUUCUUUUAA